CACCAAUAAAGUGUUGCCCUUUGGAUCCAGGCAAAAGGCAGUUCAUCAUAUCUUAUCUCUGCCCUUGAGACACGUCACUUCUCAAGGUGGAGCUACCUCAUAGACAUUUGAGUAUCUGGUUUUGCUUUCAGCAUGACUGCACUGAAAAGCCUUCUGCUCCUGGCUUGCCUGGUUUUCAAAGAAACGGUUUCACUGUCUGGAAGUUUCUGGCACAUCACAGAUCUGCACUGGGACCCGACAUUCAAACUCAGUGAUGACCCUAAACUGGUGUGUGCGUCCAGUGGGCAGAAACCUGCAACAAAUCCAGGGCAAUUUGGAGACUAUGCAUGUGACUCUCCAUGGCAUCUCAUCAACUCCUCGGUGUAUGCUAUGAAGAGCAUUUUACCAAAUCCGGACUUCAUCAUUUGGACAGGAGAUGACACGCCGCAUGUACCGAAUGAGGACCUGGGAGUAGAGAUGGUGCUCAGCAUUGUUGGCAAUCUCACCCUCAUCAUAAAUCAAGUUUUUCCAAACACUAAAGUGUACUCCGCCCUGGGUAACCAUGACUACCACCCAAAGAACCAGCUUCCAGCAUCCCCCAGUGACAUCUAUGCUAAAAUAGCAGAACUGUGGCAAGACUGGUUGGAUCCAGAGUCUCAAGAAAGCUUUAAAAAAGGUGGAUUUUACUCUGAGAAGCUGCUGAAUCAAACAGGUUUUAGGAUGCUGGUUCUCAACACAAACCUCUAUUAUAGCCAGAACAAUCAGACCCAGGACAAAGAUGACCCAGCGCACCAGUUUAGUUGGGCGGAUGGAGUUCUCACAGAGGCGGCCAAUAACAAAGAGAAGGUGUACAUAAUUGGCCAUGUUCCUCCAGGUUUCUUUGAGAAGAAGAGAGGACAGAAGUGGUUCCUACCAAAGUUCAACAAGCAAUACGUGGAGUUAAUUGAAAAGCAUCAUUCAGUCAUACUUGGACAGUUCUUUGGUCAUCAUCAUACUGAUAGUUUCCGAAUGUUCUACAACCCCGAGGGCUUUCCUAUCAGUACGAUGUUUCUCAGCCCAGGCGUUACACCUUGGAAAACAACACUGCCUGGGGUCAUGGAUGGAGCCAACAAUCCUGGGAUUCGUGUCUUUGACUAUGACACCAAAACACUCCUGGUUAAAGAUGUGGUGACCUACUACCUGAACCUGACUUAUUCUAAUGCAGUCCAGGAACGUUGGGAGAAGGAGUACCGUCUGACAGAGAGCUUCAGAGUACCAAAUGCCUCUCCAGCCUCAAUGGACAUUGUUCUGGGUCAUAUAUCCAGUGACCGGUGCUAUUUGCAAAAGUACUACGAGUUCAACUCUGUCAGCUAUGACCUGACAGAGUGCAACAGCAGCUGUCGUGCAGACCACUUGUGCGCAGCCAGAGAGGUAGACUUUGAGAAGUAUGAGCGCUGUCUGGAGAAAGAAGGCGCAGCUUCAAUUUCUGCCGGCUUGUUGCCAGCCCUCUGUGUGGCUCUUAGCCUGCUUUUGAGCCAUAUAAAAUAAUCAUUUUGUCCAGAUGAUAAAUUAUGGGGCAGCACGGUGGCUUAGUGGUUAGCACUGUUGCCUCAUAACAAGAAUGUCAUGUGAUCAAUUCCUAGCUGUGGCCUUU